CCACCACCAACACUUUCUCACUCCUCCCUCUCUCUCUCUCUAGAAUUUUCUCCUAGGGUUCAAAAUUUCACCCCCCCACACACACACACACACCCGGGUUUUCUCUCUCUCGACUCAAAACUCAAUUCCCUCCAUCUCACAAUGGGUUCGCUCCCCGAUCCAGGCGAGUUGACUCACCCUCCGCCGCCGCCGCCGAGUUUCGACGAUUUCCAGCGCCAAACCUCGCUGAUGACGAGCUGCACCCUCCUCUGGAAGGAACUCUCCGACCACUUCUCCUCCCUGGAGCAGGACAUCAUAAAAAAAUCCGACGAUCUCAAGGCCAAGCUCCAAGCCUUGAACAACGAGACUCAGCAGUCUCUGCAAGCCCUAGAAACUCGCGAGUCGUCCAUCUCGAAAUCCAUGGCGAUCGUCUUCGACAACCUCGAGAAGACGGCGAAAAUGUCCGUCUCGUUCUCCGUUCCGUCCGCCGCCGCCGACGACGCUCAAAUUGAGGAGCCGGAGGUCGACGACACCGAAGGCCUGUUGAUGAAAUUGAGAAGCUUCUGCCACAAAAUGGCGGCCAAGCAGUUCUGGGUGUUCGUCACCUCCAGGAAGAAGGAAAUCGAGCUUUUCAGAUCGGAAUUGCCCAAAGCCCUCUCCGAUUGCGUCGAUCCGCCGAGAUUUGUCCUCGAAGCCAUCUCGGAGGUUUUUCCGGUGGCGGCGGCGGGGAACAGCAGCAGUGCUAGUAACAGCUACGAUUUGGGGUGGGCGUGCGUGUUGUUGUUGGAGUCUCUGAUUCCGGUGAUGGUGGAUCCCGUGUUGGGGAAGGAGAGGAUGCUCGUAACCCCGACUAUUAAAGGGAAGGCGGUCGAGAUAGCCGAGGCGUGGAAGAAGAGCUUGGAGGAGAGGGGCGGGAUCGAAAACGUCAAGACGCCCGAUGUGCACACUUUCUUGCAGCAUUUGGUGACUUUCGGAAUUGUUAAGGAUGAUGAUGUUGAUUUGUAUAGGAAGCUUGUUGUCGCCUCGGCGUGGAGGAAGCAGAUGCCUAAACUUGCUGUUUCUCUUGGCCUUGCAGAUAAGAUGCCCGAUAUGAUUAAAGAAUUAAUUGGAAGGGGACAACAGGUAGAUGCUGUACAUUUUACAUAUGAAGUUGGCCUUGCCGACAGAUUCCCCCCUGUCCCGAUGCUCAAGGCUUUCCUUAAAGAUGCUAAGAAGGCAGCUACAUCGAUUAUGGAGGAUCCAAACAAUUCAGGCCGUGCUGCGCACAUGGCUGCCAAGAAAGAGCAAUCAGCAAUCCGAGCAGUUCUAAGAUGCAUCGAGGAAUACAAACUCGAAAACGACUUCCCCUCCGACAACCUCAAGAAACGCCUCUCCGAGCUAGAGAAGGUCAAGAUCGAGAAGAAGAAGCCCGCAAGCCCAGCUGCCAAACGAACAAGAGCAAGCAACGGUGGGCCAAUGCCCCCAGCCAAGGCCGGCCGUUCAACAAACGCCUACGUCUCGUCUUUCCCUUCCCCACCAACCUACAUGAGGUCACCUUCUCACACACAGUACCCCUCUGCAGUAGCCUACCCUGCAAUGCCCGCAGUUUAUGCCCACGGCAGCAGGAGCCCUUCUUACGUGUACUCACCGGAGGCCCACCCUGCUUCUCCGGCUAUCGUCGGAGCUUACCCUGUUUCCCCGGUGAACUUUCCGGCAGCGUACGGUGGAUACAGUAAUGGGAUGGCACCUGCUUACCAGCAAGCUUACUACUGAAUAGAGACUGCGAUGACGACGACUCUCGGGGGGGAAGGUGACUACUACUGAUAUAUUAUCAUAUGACAAGAAAAAUCGAAAAAAAAUGUCGUUUCUUUUUAAUGGGUCUGUAAUCACUAACCUUUAAUGGUGUUAGCCUCUUUUUUAUCUGUGUGUUAAUCCUUUUUAUUUAAUUACUGACCUUUUGACGAAAGGGGCAGGAUGUAUUUUCUGAUUGUUGAAAACUUGUAGUUGUACUUAGGUUGUUGUGAAAAGUUUAUUACAAAUGAACGCUCUCUACUAA